AUGUAUGUGAAAUGGUUUGAUACAGGAAUGUUAUACUAUGUGAUUUUAGUGAAUUUAGUGAAUGCCACUUUUUGUCAUUUUCAAAUUUCCCGCCGUUCCAUCCCCAUACGUCCCGACGCUCGCAGGGAACGGAACCCAGAAGACAGAUGCCGCAUCGGCCGGAGGACAUUGCUGGGGACACUGCAGGGGGGACUACGCGGGAGCGCAGGACAAGGUAAGUGAAGAAGAGAUCCCGGAGCAAUGCUGCAGGGUAUUCCCAAGUGUAGCUCGGGGUUACCGCUUGUGCUACACUCGGGAAUACCGCCAGGGAGGU